UCACUACCCCACCUUUGUCAUACUCCAAUGCCCAUCACCCCCAAUUGCACAUGACUCUUGCUCUCUCCCUAUAUAAACCCCCCACUCCCCACAUCAUUGUUAUCAUCUCAGCUUCCGGCUUUUAUCCUUGCAUUCUCACAACCAAAGUACUUCCACCAGUACUGUUACCACUACUACUACUACAAAUUUAUUCUAGCUAACUUUCCAUAGUUCCUAGCUCGAGACACACCCACCAAUUUCUUCUACACACAAAAGUACAAUUACUCCUCUCUCUUUCUGAUCUCCCUAGCUCUCGCUACAACCCUCACAGCAAAACUUUCACUAUGCCUUUAAGACUAUCAGAUGCCUUUAGAGCCCAUCCUGUCCACCUGUGCCAUAAACACCCUGACUUCACCUCACUCCAAGAGUUACCUGACUCGUACACAUGGGGACAACUCGACGUCGAGUCUUCUUCUUCAUAUGGUGACUCAUUUAGCUCAGAGUCCGUGCCAGUUGUCGAUCUCUCUGACCCAAAUGCUCUCACACUAGUAGGCCAUGCAUGUAAAACUUGGGGUGUGUUCCAAGUUACAAACCAUAGCAUCUCUCAAAACCUUCUUGAUGACAUUGAGAACACUGGUAGAAGCCUAUUCUCUCUACCUGUCCAGCAAAAACACAAAGCUGCUCGUUCCCCAGACGGUGUCUCUGGCUAUGGCCUGGCUCGGAUCUCUUCCUUUUUCCCAAAGCUCAUGUGGUCCGAGGGAUUUACCGUCGUAGGCUCGCCACUCGAACAAUUCCGCCAACUUUGGCCGCAAGAUUAUGGCAAAUUCUGUGACAUAAUUGAAGAAUACGAGACAGAGAUGAAAAAGCUCGCAGGGAGGCUUAUGUGGCUAAUGCUAGGCUCCUUGGGCAUAUCCAAGGAGGAUAUCAAAUGGGCUGGCCCAAAAGGUGACUUGGAAGGGGCAUCCGCAGCCUUGCAAUUGAACUCCUAUCCUGCUUGUCCGGACCCCGAUCGAGCCAUGGGUCUAGCAGCACACACCGACUCGACCCUGCUCACCAUUCUCUACCAAAACAACACUAGUGGCCUUCAAGUCCACCGGGAGGGAACAGGGUGGGUCACGGUUCCACCACUUCCGGGUGCACUUGUGGUCAACGUGGGCGACCUCCUCCACAUUCUAUCAAACGGCUCGUACCCGAGUGUCCUCCACCGCGCUAUUGUUAACCGCACCCGUUAUCGUCUCUCAGUUGCAUAUCUUUAUGGGCCACCAGGCAGUGUCCAAAUCUCGCCACUCUCAAAGCUGCUAGGACCCAGUCGCCCCCCACUCUACCGGCCAGUCACUUGGACCGAGUACCUUGGCACCAAGGCUAAGCAUUUCAACAAGGCACUUUCCUCUGUCCGCCUUUGCGCUCCUCUUAAUGGAUUGGUUGAUGUAAAUGAUCAUAACAGAGUACAAGUUGGCUAGCUAGCUAGCUACUUACCUUCAAAUCAUGUUAAUUUUCAUGAUUAUUAUUUUUUCUCUCUUUUUUCUUUUUUGAGAAUUUUAUCCAUUAUUUUGGCCUACCA